UCCAACACUUUAGGCUACUACAAACCACUUUUAAGAGUUGGCAAGAAGAGAAAAAAAAGCAAACAAACAACGGGACAACAUGUUUCCAGAAACGGAGUGCGGUAUCUGCUACCGAAUUUACAACCUCGGUCGGCGGUGUCCUCGACAGCUGAGCUGCAAACACUCGUUUUGUGAGAGCUGCCUGGUGACACUCUGGCGGUCCGCGGAGAGCCCUGAGCCCCGGUUAAUGUGUCCGCUGUGCCGUCACUCCACGUCGCUGGCGGAGGACAAAAUCCAAGAGAGUCUGCCGGUAGACGAGGACAUUUUUGAGCGGCUUGUAACCGCGGGCUGCGCGGAGGAUUAUGCGGAAGACGACGAAGACACCGAGGAGCCCAAACAGGACACUGUCAUCCCACCAAAAGAAGACGUUUCACCCUCGCCAAGAUCGCGUAAAAGACGCCUGAUGAAAUGUAUAAGGCGCCUGUGCCAGAAAUUCACCGGCGGUGAACGGAGAAAUUGUAUGACUGAUGAAGACCUCAAGGACCUGGCAAUGAUGUCCUGCUACAUGAUGUGAAAGACCAGUGUCAC